AUGCAUUCUUUAACAUGGAUUCAGGUCGGAGGAUCAACCGGCAGGUCUGCGAUCGCGCUGGCUGAGGCAUAUCCGCAUCUCUCAUUGAUCGUGCAAGGUCUUCACGCGAAUGCGGAAAAUGGACGCAAAGCUGCACGGUCCAUGUCGCCGGAUCUCGUGUCGCGCAUUACCUUCCAAGCUCACGAUUUUACGAACCCACAGCCGGUACAGGGGGCAGAUGCAUACCUUCUCCGGAUGAUCUUUCACGACUGGUCUGAUGCCGAGGCCAUAGCUAUUCUGAAGCAUAUGGUGGCGGCGAUGGACGGGGCCAAGUCUCGCUUAUUGAUCAUGGAUACUGUACUCCCCAAGCCGGGGUCUGUUCCGAUCUCGGAGGAGCGCAUUGUGCGUGCUCGGGAUCUCACAAUGAUGCAGGCUUUUAAUAGUAAGGAGCGGGACUUGGAUGACUGGAAUGAACUGUUUGCUGCUGCGGACUCUCGAUUGCAGCUGGUUAAGGUUCUGCAGCCGCUCGGCAGUGCCAUGCCGGUGCUCGAGCUGGUAUUGGCUUAG